AUGCUCCACGAGUUAUCUCACAUUGUUCAUGGUCCUCACGAUGCCAAGUUUCACGCUCUCUGGGAUCAACUCCGAGAUGAGCAUGAACGGCUUGUCCUCAAGGGCUAUACCGGCGAAGGCUUCCUUUCCGAUGGACGACGCCUUGGGGGCUCGAGGAUGCCACCGCAUGAAGCCCGUAGACUGGCCAGAGAAGCUGCAGAAAAACGUCGAUCCCAUCCCGGGACUGGGUCAGGGAAGCGUUUGGGAGGAUCGGCCCCGCGCCCAGGCGAAGACAUUCGAAAAGUCAUUGCGGAUGCUGCUGAGCGGAGAAGCAGAAUUCUCAAGGGCUGUGGUACAGACAACCUGAGUGAAACUCAGAUUCGGAAUAUCUCUGAUACUGCUACAAAGAAUGGUUUUCGCACACAGGCCGAAGAAGAUGAGGCUAACGAUGCAGCCAUUGCUCAAGCGCUGUGGGAACUGGUGCAGCAAGACAAAUCGGUCGAGUACGGGAACUCUUAUAUCCCUCCCACAGCAGACAAUCCUACUGGAAACGGUGGUGGAACAGUAAUCCCAAAUGGGGGACCAAGCCGUAGUUCAGAGAGGUCUAGAGAGCCUCCAAGUUGGACAUGCGACACUUGUACUCUGCGCAAUCCUGCCAAUUAUCUCUCUUGCGAUGCUUGUGGGAUGGAGCGGUCCGCAAGGCCAGGGACACAACCGGUUAAAGAUAACCGCCGAUCCAGAUCGCCGGUAUCCGAAAGACAACCUGCUGUUAUUGACUUGACCCAGAGUCCGCCACGAGAUCGGCGACCCUCUGCUGCUACGACAUCACGAAAAUCGAAACCACCAAGUGCAGUCCAAGGAAGUGCAUCAUCAGGACCUCAAACCUGGGAGUGCAGCUAUUGUGGGACGGAGAUGCAAAAGCAAUGGUGGACAUGCUCAACAUGCGGGAAAAUGAAGGACAAUUCACGAUAG